GAACCAAUUUGUUCAACCACCUGACAGCUCAUUUUCAAAAGUUUUAAAGUUUCCAGGCCAUAGGUGUUACGAAUUUCCUGGGAUAAUUUGAGCGGCGAGUCAGAUUGAUUCAUUGUAAAUUAUUUAAAUUAAUCCCAGCGUGUUAAGAAAAUCAAAACAAGAUUUUUCCGAACUUUUCGCCGUUUAGCUCCUCCUGUGCAUAAUGACGUCAGACGAUCCAAAAGUUUUAUAUCCAUUGCAUUUCCAUGUUUGGAACAAUGAUUAUAUGGCCCUAGAUGAGCUGCUCCACCAAAAGAAGCAUGAUAUCGAAAAAUUAGAUUCUCAUGGGAGAACUCCAUUAAUGUUAUGCGUUAUGCUUGAUCAUUUGGAGUCGGCACGAGUCUUGCUUCGUCAUGGAGCAAAUGCUUGUGUAUCUACAAAUGAGUUCUGGUCAGCUACUCAAGAAGCUAUUGCAACUGGUGAUCCUGAGCUCGUCAAGUUAAUUUUGGUCCACAGGGAUGCUCAAAUAGUUCGACAUCAAGCUGCGAUAGUUACGGAUUUGCUUCAGAAACUUCGAGAGACACCUGAUUUUUACAUUGAGAUGAAAUGGGAGUUCACUAGUUGGUUACCUCUUGUAUCACGUAUGUGCCCGAGCGAUGUUUGUCGUGUUUGGAAAUGCGGCCCAAAUGUUAGAAUCGAUACAAAUUUACUUGGAUUUAAUGGUUCAGCCUCAUGGGUUCGGGGUCAUUUAAGUUAUAUGUUUAGAGCUGGAGAAUCUGGAGCCUAUAUGGAUGAAGUCAAUCAUACUGAUCGAACUAUUUAUCGACAUAACGUUAAUCUGUUAAAUCGUCCUGAUGGAGCUGAUGGUGCCAGUGGUGCAGGUGCAACAGCUGGAGCGGCUGCACAGCUUUUUGUUCGUGAACCUUCCGAUAGUACUAUUGCAAACAAAUUAACUCAGCCUAUUUUUGUCACAUACUUGGAUACAGAUAAGAUAGAAUUUGAAAAAAGUAAAUCAGGUAUUUUGGGCUGGCGAUCAGAUCGUAAAGAAACUAUCAAUAAUCAUGCUUGUCAGGUUUAUUGUGCAUCAAAUGUUCAAAUCAUCACACUUCGCCGUACUGAACACUUAACUGAAGAGAAUUUACGUGACCUGAAUCAACAACAUCAUUCCAAUGACAGUGAUAAUGGUAGUGGUGGUGGUGGUGGUCUCAUUGGAGCUCCUGCCAGUGAUAUUGUAUUCCCAGGCGGUAGAGGUAAUCUACUCACAAAUUUAUUACAAACUGCAGCAUCUGAAACUGAGAAAAAGUCAGAAUUAGCUGUUACACAUGAGGCAGCCAGUUACAAUCCGAAUCAUGUGACACCACAACAAUACUUUUGUCCAUCACCUGGUGCACAAAGUGUUCUCUAUGAUAUUGGUCGACCAAAAGUGAUGACAACUAAAGUCAAGACAUUCAAAGCACGUCUAUGGAUAUGUCGGGAUUAUCCUUUAUCAUUAAAAGAUCAAAUCAUACCAAUUAUUGAUUUAAUGUCAGAAUAUAAUCCUUACUUCCAUAAACUUAAAGAAUUUCUUACUAAACAACUACCGAGUGGAUUUCCACUGAAAAUUGAAAUCCCAUUAUAUCACGUGUUGAAUGCAUGUGUUUCAUUUGGUAAUCUACAUGGACAAGAUAACAGUGUUUAUGGUGUCUCCGUAGUACCUACUGGUGGUAGUAAUUCUAGUCAACAAACAUCAGAUUCACAGAAGAAAACAGAUGUCUCCAGUACUGUUAAGUCGUCGUCGUCAGCAGCAGCAUCAUCAUCUGAUGAUCCUGGUAAUCAACCAUUACUUGAUUCAUCUACAGAGUCUGGAUCAUCAUCACAACCGGUGAAAUGUGUCAUUGAUGAAAGUGUAUUCGAUGUUGGCAAAGGAUAUCAUGUCAUAGUUGAAAAUUCUCCAGGACAUUAUGGAGCUUUAUAUGAUGAAGAACAAAUGGUUCAAAUGGCGGUGCAGCGUAGCUUAGUGGAGUAUGGAUCAGCUGAGAAUUUAAUUCAAAGAGGUUAUUCAUUGUCUAAACGUAGCAUAAUUGAAACACGAGCGGAUGAAUACGUUGAACCAGAAGAAGCUUGGCUACAACAAGCAAUAGCGGCUAGUUUAAAUCUUGAUGGAGCUGAAAUACCUGUGACAAGUGCAGAUGCAGCCUAUAUGAAAGCUUUAGAAGAAUCACGUAUUGAACAAGAAUUGGAAGAGAAACGUCGUCGGGCUGAAGAUGAAGAAUUAGCCCGUAUCCUUGAAUUGUCAACUAAAGAAAAAUGAGUUACAGUUCAGUUUAUUGACUGUCUCUCUCUCUCUGUCAUUCGUUCAUUCAUUCACUCACUCACUAAAUCUCUGUUUCAGACUAAUAAAUACUAAAUAACAAUAAUUGAUGUAGUUCAACCUUUGUUUUAUUGUGCUUAAUCGUUUCAUACACGCGAGCGCGCGCGCACACACACACACACAUUGAAUAUGAUAUACACUUUAUGCUUAUAUUUUUGUGAAAAGUAGUUAGACAGACACAAACAGAAAGACAAUAUUAUGCAAUGUGCUUUGCUUUAUAAUUUUUCAAAGCUUGUCCCUUCAAAUCCUUCCUAAUCUCUCGUGCUAACCGAAAAAGUAUAUACACAUAUAUAUUUAUAUGGUGGUUAUAUUUAUGUUGUUAUUUAGCUUUUAUCUGCUAGUCACUAACUGCAUAUAUACAUACAUAUGCAGAUUUACUUACUGUCAGUCAGGAUGCCAAUAUGCACGUAUGUAUGUAUGUCUGUGUGUGUGUGCCUUCCUUCCAGUUUAGAAGAAAUGCAAUAAAACUGAUCAUAUUCAGGCAAAUAUACCAAUAUUGUCUCUUUGUACUACUUAAUCACGCCUCCCCACCCCGCCAACCUUUUUCUUCUCUUCUCCCCUAUACUGGUACACGUGUGAAUAUGCAUUUUUUUUUAAAAUAAUAAGUAGAAAAAAAAUUAUUUUUACCUAAAAUAUAGUGCGAUGAUUCCACUGGUCAACAACAUGACUUCUUCUUUUGUUUUUUUACAGUGCUUGUGUAAUUCUUUCUCACUUGACAUUACACCUUACCGUGUGUUUUUACAAUAGAACCAAUAGAACACCCAAGUACCAAUCGAUUGUGUGUUAGUUGAUGCGUUUAGCAAAAGUGUUAGUGAUUACAGGACAUUGCAUUCAUUAUAUAGUAAUAAUAUAACCUUGUUACUAACCUUUGAUUUAUUUAUUAUUGUAUUUCAUGAUAUUAUUAUUAUUAAUAAUAAUAAUAGUAAUUCUAGUCAAAUGGCAUGCAUGUCAGACAUAAAAAUUAAAUGCUUUCUUAUUCUUUUGGUUGUUUCUUUUCUCUCUGUCUGUAUUACUGUUUGUGAUGAGUUGUUAGUCCUUGUAACUUCUCUGUAAUUUGGUGAUUUCAUCGUUAUUAUUAUUUCUAUUAUUAUUACUGUUAAUCCGUACAUCGAAUCUUAUAUGCGUGUUGUUUUGUUAUUCUCUUCUAUGUACGAUUUUACAAUAAUCAAUAUACAAUCGAUUAUUAUG